CAAGCUCGGGAAAAUAAAUUUAAUAAACUCUCUGUUUCACGGACAAAAGCGUCGUCGCCAUCCAGCCUAUUCUGCUCCCCACCAACAAAUUCCUCUUUAUUUCCACAGACAUACUUCUUAGCAACCGAUGUAAAACCAAAUAAGUUUAAAAAGCUCUUUCCUACAAAAUGAAGGACUGUGAAAAGACGAAAUAAACAAACACGAUCUUCGUAAAAGCCAGCCAUGUUGCCUUAGGUCGCACGUCUCCAAAGUUGUCGUUUUCAACACAAACACUUAGAAACGAGGUAAUCACAUGACAAAUCUUUUGCGAAUCGACUUCCGGUGAGACUGAUCGACUUUACCAAUGACGAUUCGAGUCGACCAGUGCGAAUCGUGUCUUUUCGUCAACAUUGAAUUUAACGCUUAAGUAUGAAUUGUCUUCAUUUGCGAAUCGACUUUCGGUGAGACGGAUCGACUUUACGUGAGACGGAUCGGAUGGGAGGCGAACCAGCAAAAGAAUCGGCACCGUGAUGGCAGUUUUUAACAUCUUGUGUGAGAACAAAGCAACGUGUGAAUACCAGUAUACCCUGGCAUUGUACAAUGGUUGUUGAGGUAGUUGUCAACAAUGAUUGCCACAAUGUCCUGAAAGACGAAAUGGAUUCCAUUAAUGUUGAAUUCAAAUUUUAUGAAGAAUUCAAUAAACUAGCUGAAAAAACAGAAACAAAAUGGACAAAUCUCAAUGGAAAAGAAUUGCAAAAGGUAUUGGAGAAAUUAAAUAUAAAGAAAAUUAUGGAAGCUGUUGGACAUGAUGAUUCAGAGGGAAUAGAUGAUCUGUGGAGUGGUUUUAAGACUUUGAUGCGCGCACUACAGGUUCAAGAGAAUGAUCCAGAGUACCUCAAGCCUCAGAGCUUCAAGACACAUGUGCGGGAGUGGGGAAAGCUCUUUCUGGAAAUGUUCUAUGAUGACGACAUCACCCCCUACAUUCACACAUUUGUAUACCAUGUACCUCAGUUUUUGGAAAAGUAUGGCACGUUAAUGCAGUUUAAUUGCCAGCCGGUGGAGAAAAAAAACCACUGGCAAUCCCAGGCAUUCCACCGUGGAUCCCAGAAAGGGGGAAAAAAUUCAAAAUACACUGUUCAGGUAAUGGAACAAGAAAACAGGCUGAUGUUUGCCAGGUGCAACAACCUUAAAAGAAAACGGAGAAGCUAUGUAAAGUCUAAACUACCAGCCAAUCCAGAAAGCUCAGAUGAGGAAGAAGCCCCCGACAGCCAGAUAGGAAGCGUUCACGUUUACAAUCACCACGAAGAACAAGAGGGCUGA